GCUGGUAGAUUUCUACCACAUCCCGGUUUAACUGUUGACGAUGUGCUCAUUUUAGCGGCCGUCGCCAGAAAUAUUUCCCCCCUUUAUUUUUAGCCCGGCCCACGCAAACAAGCGUCCCCGGGGUGAAGCCGGUAGGAGGUUUUUUGGGGGUCGUCUGCAGGAGGAUGGCGCUGCGGCGGCGUCCGUCCUUUUUUAGGCUUUAAUUGGCUGAUGACAAGAGCGCCGCCGGGACUAUGGAAAUCGACUACAAGUUUGAAGGUUUCUGAUCACAUCGGCUCCACCAGCUUCCCAGUCAGGCCAGCGCCGGGGUCGCUAAGGCCGGAGAGCAGCCCUGAGACCCGGACACGUUCCUGCCCACCCAGACUGCGUCACCCGUCCCACUGCCCCCCCAGCAGCCAUGUCUCUCCCCAGCAGCAGCCCAGAGAGGGAGAACUCCCUCGGGGCUCAGCUGGAGUGCCCCUCCUCCCCUCCCGGCAUGGACGCAGACCCCUCCUCGACGGGCAGCCCGGUGCUCAGCCCCGACUCCUCCUCCCACGACGCUGCGCUGUCGGCACCGGCGGCUUCUCCCGUCGACUCUGAGAACCUGAGUCCUGAUGAGCUGGAGCUGCUGGCCAAGCUGGAGGAGCAGAACAGGUUACUGGAGGCCGACUCCAAGUCCAUGCGGUCCAUGAGCGGCUCGCGGCGCAACAGCGGCUCCUCGCUGGUGUCCAGCUCCUCGGCCUCCUCCAACCUGUCCCACCUGGAGGAGGACACCUGGAUCCUGUGGGGACGCAUCGUCAACGAGUGGGAGGAGUGGCGACGCAAGAAGGACAAGCUUCUGAAGGAGCUGAUCCGGAAGGGAAUCCCCCACCACUUCCGCGCCAUCGUGUGGCAGCUGCUGGGCAACGCCACGGACAUGCCGGUGAAGAACCAGUACUCGGAGCUGCUGAAGAUGAGCUCGCCCUGCGAGAAGCUGAUCCGCCGGGACAUCGCCCGCACAUACCCCGAACACGAGUUCUUCAAGGGCCAGGACAGCCUGGGCCAGGAGGUUCUGUUCAACGUCAUGAAGGCGUACUCGCUGGUGGACCGCGAGGUGGGCUACUGCCAGGGCAGCGCGUUCAUCGUGGGGCUGCUCCUGAUGCAGAUGCCCGAGGAGGAGGCGUUUUGUGUGUUCGUGCGGCUGAUGCAGGAGUACCGGCUGAGGGAGCUGUUCAAACCCAGCAUGGCCGAGCUCGGCCUCUGCAUCUACCAGUUUGAAUAUCUGCUGCAGGAGCAACUUCCCGAGCUGAACGUCCACUUCCGCUCCCAGAGUUUCCACACCUCCAUGUACGCCUCGUCCUGGUUCCUCACCCUCUUCCUCACCUUCCUCCCUCUACCCGUCGCCACGCGGAUCUUUGAUAUUUUCAUGUAUGAGGGCCUAGAGAUCAUCUUCCGUGUGGGUCUGGCCAUCCUGCAGUACAACCAGACCGACCUCAUCCAGCUGGACAUGGAGGGCAUGUCGCAGCAUUUCCAGAAGGUGAUCCCCCACCAGUUUGACAGCUGCCCCGACAAGCUGAUCCUCAGGGCUUACCAGGUCAAAUACAACCCCAAGAGGAUGAAGAAACUGGAGAAAGAAUACACCACAAUCAAGAACAAAGAAAUGGAGGAACAAAUUGAGAUUAAGAGGUUACGCACAGAAAACAGGCUGCUGAAGCAGAGGAUCGAGACGCUGGAGAAGGAGAGUGCCGCUCUGGCAGACAGACUGAUUCAGGGUCAGGUGACCAGAGCUCAGGAAGCCGAGGAAAACUACGUGAUCAAGCGGGAGCUGGCGGUGGUGAGGCAGCAGUGCAACACGGCCAACGAGGGCCUGGAGAAGGCCCAGGAAACCAUCCGAGAGCUGCAGCAGCAGAAGUACACGGAGCAGUUCGUGAGCAACCUGCAGACGGAGCUGGAGCAGUCGCGGCUGCACGAGGCCGAACUGCUCGGAGCGCUGAAGGAGAUGCAAGACAAAGUCCUGGACCUGGAGAAGAGGAGCAGCUGCCUGCCCGAUGAGAACAACGUGGCCGCCCUGCAGGAGGAGGUGAAGCAGAUGAAGCUGAGGGAGCUGGAGACGCUGCGUCUGUUCAGAGAGAUGCAGGACACCGUGACGGACCUCAACCAGCGCUGGCAGCAUCACACGUCCCGGUGCAGCAGCUCCGGUUCUGGGGGCGGGCACUGGAAGGAAUCCCCGAAGAAGAACGCUAUGAAUGAGUUGCAGGACAAACUGAUGACAGUCCGGCUGAGGGAGGCCCAGGCCCAGGCGGAGCUCCGGGAGCUCAAACUCAAAUCCCUGCAGCUGGAGAGCCAGAACCAGAUCCACAGCAAACAGAUCGGUCGCCACGAGCAGGAGCGCUCCGCCCUGCAGGACCGCCUCCAGAUGCUGGCCAACCAGAACAAGGCUCUGCAGGGCCAACUGAACGAGAUGAAGAGGAAGCAGGCUGAGUUGGACUGCAAGAGUAAAGAGGAGGUGAUGGCGGUGCGACUGCGGGAGGCCGACAGCAUGGCCCUCAUGGCUGAACUCCGGCAGAGGGUCGCCGAGCUGGAGAUACAGAAGGAGGAAGGGCUGAUCCAGGGCCAGCUGAACCACUCCGACUCCAGACAGUACAUCAACCAGCUCCGGGAUCAGAUCGCUGAGCUCAAGAACGAGGUCCGGCAGCUGCGAGGGCAGAAGGCGGCGCCCCGGCUCCAGGGUGCGGCGGCGGGAGGAACCAACUACAGGGAUCUGUGCUUGGCCAGCCCCGCCUCUGCUGAGGGCGACUACCUCAGCUCCGACGACGACCUCCUCCCCAGCCCGCUCCCCGCCUCGGCCCUGUACCCCACCCUGACCGGGCUCGUGCCACCCGUCCGGCCCCGCCUGGACAGCGAGGGCAGCACGGACAGCGAGGCGGAGGAGCGGGUGCAGACGCACCCGGACCCCCAGCAGCUCUACGGCACCAUGGUCUGCGCCGAGGGACUGGACAACUGA